UUAUAUUUUAUGUAUUAUAUCAUACCACUGAUCUGAUCUCUAUUGUUCAUACAUAUUAUUCAUUUACAUUUGAUUAUUAGACUUCAGUUUCAGAUAUUUUAUACAAUAUUACUUUAUUGUUUAUUUGAAUGUUAGCGUUGAUUUGGAUUAUUAAAUUUUUCUGAUUAUAUGUUUCUGAGUUAGAGUUGAAUUUGGAUAAUAUGAUUAAGAGAAAGAGAGACGACUCUCCCGACGUUGAUUCAGAAUCUGAAUAUCCUAAUGCUGGACUUAGUAAUUUAACUAAAUCAUUCAAUAAUGGACAGUUGACAGAUGACUUUCAGUUAUUGUCAAAGUAUUUCCCAUUUCUGAAGAAACAUAUGACACUAAACCUGAGAUGGAAGCCGUUUAUGCCAAAAUCAUUAACAUAUCAUUAUGACUUUAAUCACCCGGACGCAGUAUAUCACUUAUCAAAAGCUAUUUUAAAGCAUAACUAUGGGUUAGAGUUGUAUUUACCCUGUUCCUGUGAAGAAGAUUCAUGUAACGAGAAUAAGGACUUGGAAGUGUUAAACCAGCACUUUAGAGAUUUGAACGGGAGUUCAGAUCUUGUUAGAUACUUGGCACCAUGCGUACCUAACAGACUCAGUUACAUUAAAGCCGCAUCUUCACUAUUUAGCUUAAAGAAUAAUGAGCCAUAUAUAUUCGAUGUUGAGGACUUUAACUUGCCUUCAGAUGAUUAUCUCAAGGGCAGUAAUAUUAUUGUACUGGAUAUCGGAACAGGAGCAAGUUGUAUUUACCCUCUCAUCGGGGCUCGUGAAAAUUCCUGGAAUUUCAUAGGAACUGACAUUGACAAUUUGACACUUGAGAUGGCGAGGAAAAAUGUUGAAGUAAAUCAUUUGGAGGAAAGUAUUAGUCUAAGAUUACAAAGAACGCCAACACGUAUCUUUAAUGGUGUAUUGUAUUCCCAUGAGUUAUUUGCACUAACAGUUUGUAAUCCGCCAUUUCACGCACGUUUGGACAUGACUAACCUUAAUCCACGCACAUCCCCAACUGGAACUGAGCGGGAACUUGUAUUUGGAGUUCCAGAUGAUGCAAAUAUGGUAUUGGAACAGACAUAUUUAGAUAGUAUUGACCAAGUUGGAGGAACCUGUACAUCAGUUUCUGGCCAGCUUAAGUGUGCUCUAUCAGAGAUGAAACAGGGAGAUUUGGCGUUUAUAGAGAUAAUGAUACAGGAAAGUAAGUUAUACUGCAAUAAUGCUGUUUGGUUUACAACCUUAAUCCCGAGAAUGACAACGCUGAAAAAAAUUAAAAAUUUGAUCCACAGGGAGAUGAGACAUUAUAUCUUGAAUCAUUUGCAACAGGCCGAGUUCCUAGACUCGAAAAUAAACCACAUGUACUACGAAGGCUCAAGGUUCAAGUUCGCAACUAAACCUGAAGCUCAAGUUGACGUGUCCAAUGUGCACAUUUGUGAAUUCAGGAAAUUCACACUUAAAAAUGGGAAUCAAACGAGAUGGGUAGUUGCGUGGACCUUUUAUAACUCGCAACAAAGAUUGCAAAUCAUCAACAACCUCACCAAAUUAUCCUUACAAACAUAAUGUAGUAUAUUGUUAA